GGCGCUGGCCCCGGAGCCGGAUUUGGAGCGCGCGGCGCCGGCGGGGCCGCAGGGGGCGGCUUGGCGGAGCCUCCCGUGGUCUCGGACGCUCCUCCUAGCCGGCCGCCGCCGCCCGCGUCCGCCUCCAGCUCCCUGGCCCGGCCCGGGCCGGCUCGUCACCUCCGGCAGCUCACCUGGGACGCGCUCACCUGCCUCCCGGCGCCUGGGCACCAGGAUGAAGGACCGGCUGGAGCAGCUGAAGGCCAAGCAGCUGACACAGGAUGAUGAUGCCGAUGAGGUUGAGAUUGCCAUUGACAACACAGCUUUCAUGGAUGAGUUCUUCUCUGAGAUCGAGGAGACUCGGCUCAGCAUUGAUAAGAUCUCUGAGCACGUGGAGGAGGCUAAGAAGCUCUACAGUAUCAUUCUCUCUGCGCCAAUUCCAGAGCCAAAAACCAAGGAUGACCUAGAGCAGCUCACAGCUGAGAUCAAGAAGAGGGCCAACAACGUCCGGAACAAACUGAAGAAUAUGGAGCGGCACAUUGAAGAAGAUGAGAUCCGCUCGUCAGCAGACCUUCGGAUUCGGAAAUCACAGCACUCUGUCCUCUCCCGGAAGUUUGUGGAGGUGAUGACCAAAUACAACGAGGCUCAGGUGGACUUCCGUGAACGCAGCAAAGGGCGAAUCCAGCGGCAGCUCGAAAUCACCGGCAAAAAGACAACAGAUGAGGAGCUGGAGGAGAUGUUGGAGAGUGGAAACCCUGCCAUCUUCACUUCUGGGAUCAUCGACUCUCAGAUUUCCAAGCAAGCCCUCAGCGAGAUCGAGGGACGGCACAAGGACAUCGUGAGGCUGGAGAGCAGCAUCAAGGAGCUUCAUGACAUGUUCAUGGACAUCGCCAUGCUGGUGGAGAAUCAGGGUGAGAUGUUAGAUAACAUAGAGUUGAACGUCAUGCACACAGUGGACCACGUGGAGAAGGCACGGGAUGAAACUAAAAGAGCUGUGAAAUACCAGGGGCAGGCCCGGAAGAAAUUGAUAAUUAUCAUUGUGGUAGUAGUUGUAUUGCUGGGCAUUUUAGCAUUGAUUAUUGGACUUUCCGUUGGGCUGAAAUAAGGGCGGCCCGAGAGGCUGCUGCACUGAAAUGUAUUUCUGAUUUUUCCUCUCUACCUUCUAGGUUUGUGGUUGAUUCGUAAUGUUGCUCUUCACUGUCACCCCGGGCACGGAUCAGCUCCCCCUUCCGCUGCCUCCCUUACAGCCUGAUUUUACUCCUGCCUGGUGUGGCCACCUUGUCUUCCGAUGGGACCGGAGAUCGGAUGGCCUUCCUGAGAGACAGUGGGGCCCAUUCCUUUGUUUCCUGUAACCAUCCUGGGACCUGGCCCAGCAAACCAUUUAGCCCUGGGGGAAUCUAAUCUCCCUGAUGCAACCCUGAGCUUCCCCCAAAACCUCCUCUCCUGGAGUGCCCGAAACAACCUGGCUUCUCUUUCUUCCCUCUGCUGUGUCAAAUUUUGCCUCUCACCUUGGAAAAGUGAAUGAUUUGAGACCUUCCCAAGGUGCGAUAUUUUCUACCUCAUGGAGUAUUCCUCUCCCAAAAAUUGCAUUGUACUUUUUUUAGGAGGGUUUCUUUAACAAAGCAAAGGGAUUCUUCCAAGUUAUGGCAACAAUAAGCUUCUACCUGGCAGGAUCCCAGUCCUCACAGUUUGUUGUCCCUAUGUCCUGAAAAUAUGAGGGAGUAGCAGAUGUCGUUUCGGUCCGGGAGCUGACUUGUUUGAAACUCAGCCUUAAAUUAAGCUCUUAGUAUGUUCAGUCUGGUGGCCAACUUUGAUAUUUGUCUGCAUUGUAUUCUCUCAUGUUUACUUUAGGAGGUGCCAGCACGAUGCUGUCAUCUGAGGGUGCCGUUUGCAAAGCCUGAGAGUAAGGGAUAUUUGUUUGCAUGGCGAGUUUGGAAACUGGUCGCUCAGUGUUAAAUUGAUACUUUGUGAAGCCGCUGCCUUGAAGCCAAAUAUGUUUUGCUUAAAAAAAUUUUUGGCACUUAAAAUUGGGCCAGGAGCAAGGUGCUUAAGUCUCUGGCUCUGGAAAUGCUUCAGACUGGUGCCAGCAUUCAGUCACUCAUUUCAUGUGUUCCAGAUGAAUUUUUAUAAUUGUGUGUGAUAUAGAUAUUUUCAUGUGUCUUACAUGAAGCAGGAAGCUAGAAGUAGAGGACAUUAUGACCUCAAGUAAAAAAUAACCUUGACCUAGGCUAAAAAUUAGGUAAGAGACAUUUGCUUACGGGCAAAUGAAUCACAGUAGAAAUAUGAUCUCCCAUGUCAUCAAGACACCUGCUGGUUCUGGAUGAGCUCUGGGAGAAUCAUAGGUCUUUGGGGUGAGGACCAAGUUGAUCUCCAUUAUGUUUUUCUGCUUAGCAGAGAGGUGUGCCAAGUUCUGACACCUCUCCCUACCUGCUGCCAAAGCUAGGCUUGUCCCGAGAACAUCCCAGAGCAAUUGGAUAUCAUUUGUGUGACCUUGAAUGCCCUGUCUCCAGGGCUGAGUCUGUUGGGGGACACCAGGGACUCCUGAGUAGCUCUUCCUUCUACCAGGUUAAUGAGCUUGACCGGUUCUUUGUCUCCCCCAGUUCUUGUCCGGGAGGAAGCAAAGCAACAGCCAGGGCAUUUUCAAGUGCAGUUGACUGUGCUGGCCCUGGGGGUGAGUGUUCGAUUCCCUGCUGGUCUCUGCCAGUCUGUCUGGUUUAUUAACAUAUUUCUGCAUUGAUUUUAAUGCUUUCUAAGACAGGGUGAGCACCCUCAUCCAGGCACUACCCACUGGUUUCCUCUGCAAAGGCUGCUUACUCCCAGCCAUCACCCAGCACUUAGACGGAGCCGAGGGGACGCCCUCUCACCCACGGCCAUGAGGUCGACGGGGCCAGCCCCUGCAGCAAGGCCGGACAAGCUCUCAUCGCAGGCUUUGCUCUGCCGAGACUGAGGUCUGGGGCGUAUAGUUUGGAAUACAAUAAGUGAAGGGUUUUGUCAUUUGUAUGUUUUUUAAAAAUGUAAACUUGAUUAUUUUAUUGCUAUUUAAAAAUAAAUGACUUUAUAUUGAUUGUGAAACAGUUCUGGCUCUAUUUCCCUGCAAAACACUUAGUGAUUGAGUGCCACCAUGUGGUGGUUUUUGUUUAGGUUCUGCAAAGAGGUUUAAAUCUUUUUUUUAAACAUGUGCUGGGUCAGGUGGAUCAAAAGUUCUAAUUUUUGAAAGCAGGUCAACUCUUAGAGUACAGUGUAACUGUAUUAGACUUCAGGGUUAAGGUGCUUCCCCGCAAUAGAACGUGGCCCACUCGUCGAGCACUGGCUCCAGGCGGCGAUGGGGUAAAUUGGAGUGAUAAGUGUCUAGACGGCGGAAGAACACACUAAACAGCUAUCGUCUGAGAUGGCUGUUGACUGAAUUUUGACCCUCCCGCCUGGAAGUCACGUUUUACACUCCAGGUUCUAGAAGCCAGAUCCAUCUCCCCUUCCCUUCGCAUCCUCUCCCAUGUCCAGAUCCAUGCCGCCUCCCUUCCUUGGGAACUCUGUCUGCAUUGCACAGUGAUGUCAUUUCUCAUGUG